UUCUUUAGUUUUAAAACAGCCCCGUUGGACGAACCCGUUUUGCUCAACCCGCGAGCAAUAAGACAGAACUACAGCUCCCAGAAGGCCUUUCGUUGGCGUAGGCCCAGUUGCCAGAAAUUACUGGAUGAAGCGCCUCAGCCGGAGACCAAUCAGAGCUCUAGGUGCUCUUUGGCGGAUGUUUCCUCCUCCUCCUGUGGAGAAGUGGGAGACUUUGAAAAGUUUCCAGGAUUGUGUUUCUAGUCACGAAAUAUAUGAACAUGGCAAGUAAGAAACUGAGAAGAGCAGGGUUGCCGCAGGAGCUUUGUAAGAGACUCAGUCGACAUCAGAUCACUACUUGUCAGGAUUUUUUAUGUCUUUCACUACUGGAGUUAAUGAAAGUGACUGGACAGAGUUAUUGGAAUGUGCAGAAGCUUCUUCACACAGUCAGCCAAGCCUGUGCUCCCAGAAUGCAAACUGUUUAUGAAAUGAAAAUGAAAAGAACCACCAACCCUUCAUCAGCAUUCUUGCCCACAACACUGGGAGAUCUGGAUAAAAUAUUGCAUGGUGGGAUUGCCUGUGGCUCUCUUACAGAGAUAACUGGUCCAUCAGGUUGUGGCAAGACUCAGUUUUGUAUUAUGAUGAGCUUGCUGGCGACAUUUCCUACCAGCUUGGGAGGAUUGGAUGGGGCAGUUAUAUAUAUUGAUACAGAAUCUGCAUUCAGUGCUGAAAGGCUUCUUGAGAUGGCACAGCACCGUUUUCCUAAUUAUUUUGCCACAGAAGAAAAGCUGGUUUUAAUUGCCAGCAAAAUUCAUCUUUAUCGGGAAUUCACCUGUCACAGUGUGUUGAAAAGGAUUGAAUCUUUGGAAGAAGAAAUUAUUUCAAAGAAUGCCAAACUAGUAGUAAUUGAUUCUGUUGCUUCUGUAGUCAGAAAAGAGUUUGAUGCAAAACUUCAGGGCAACCUGCAGCAAAGGAGCAACUUGCUGACUAGGGAGGCAUCAAUAUUGAAGUACUUGGCUGAAGAAUUUUCAAUACCAGUUAUCUUGACGAAUCAGAUUACCACGUGGCUGAGCGAUGGCCUUGCUGUGCAGGCAGACCUGCUGUCUCCAGCUGAUGACUUCUCUCUGUCUGAAAGCUCUAGAAAUGAAGAGUCUGGCUAUGUGACCGCAGCACUAGGGAAUACUUGGAGUCAUAGCGUGAAUACAAGACUCAUCUUGCAGUAUCUGGAUUCACAAACAAGACAGCUUCUGGUUGCAAAGUCCCCGAUUGCGCCAUUCACAUCUUUCCUGUACAGAAUUGAAAAUUCAGGGUUCAUUCUCCAAGGUAAGACCAUGAGUGAGUUUUGCAUACUGAAAUGCCAGAAGUCUUACAUUUGUUCUUGCAUCACCUGCACAUCAAGUACAUUUCCUAUUGAGAGACGUUUUCGCUUCAGCAAGGCAAAAAUGAACAAUAUGGCAGCCUGCCAGUGUUGCUACACCUAUUGUUAUUGGAGUCAGUUAUUGCAGGAGACCGACCAAGAGGCUGCAUGUUUAUCUACAGUGGUGUGGUUCAGAAGGUUAUAUAGGUUUUAUAUAGGGCUUAGUCAACUCCCAUUGUUUUCAGUGGGUCUAAGCACUACUAAAUCAACCCGUUGUGUUAACAAAAAAUGAUUGGGGUGGUGGUGGUGGAGUGUGCCAGUCCAAAAUCUAUCCCUGAUGCCACUGCACAUAGAGGGUAAUGGGAGAAAAGUAACUUCCAGACAAGGCCAUAUUAGGGUUCUUUGAGCCAGCUAAGAAGAUGGCGAAAAGCAGCAUAAAAGGGAAAACUUUUCCCCACCCCUAAAGGAAGCUUCUUGAGAGGUGUCAGGUAAAAAGCAUGAUAUCUACGCUGGUGGCAGAAGAACAUUUUCGUGCUAAUGAAUGGGCUGUAUUCCACGGUCUGACAGCAGAGGCAACAUUUCCAUUCAUUCAUUAUUGUUGUGUAUUAUUGUGUGAGGCAGUCAGUGUCAGGAGGAGAACACAUUCAAAGUAUGUGACAAGGGAACAAGUGGAUGAGUGUGGGAACUAGUGGAGAACAACAGCUGUCUGAAAAAUGAAGCUUAAGGGGAGAGGGGAGGGGAGAUCCCAUCACAGCUCUGUUAACCAAGAGGCCACAAACAAACCAAUACUAGAAAACAUACCUGAAUCCUCUUUAAUUGUGGAUGACAGGAAGGAGGCACACACAAAACAUAGUAAAGAAGUUUGAUUUAGUGGCUCUGCAGGCAAUUCCUCUUCCCAUCCCUAGGGGAUUUGGAGGUGGGGAUAGAGUUAAAACUGCAAGUUGCUUUCUCUCCCUUUUGUUCCUUGGGGCUGGUGGUUAAUAAAAAAAACGGCAGGAGAGGAUAGCUAGUUAGAGAUUUCACUGACUGCUAUUUGAUGCAGUUUAAGGAGCUACUCUGCUAUUGUUUGUAGUUAAAAUGGAAAGCGGAACUGUUCUCCAUUUGCAAAAGUCUCCAGCGUCCUAGGGAAAAGAAGGCUGAGAGUGAAAAAGCUAUUAACAUGGUAAUGCUGCCUCAUUCGGCGGAGUGCAUCAAAAUCCCCUUUGUUGAUGUAAAUUGCUGCUCUAUUGCCUGGUCUCUUUCGAUCUCAUGGUCUUGGUACAAGUACUGAAAAUUGUUUGGUGAGACUUGGGUGGAGGGGAAACUGCACCUCUUAUAUCAUUUUAGGAGAUCGCCAAGCUGCCCAAGAGCACUGCAGUGGGAGACUUCUGUGCCUUUGUAAACUUGAAGUGCUCAGUGGUGAAAAGAAUCCAAUUAUUCAGUGGCUCUUUUAUUGCUGCUUUCACUCUUGAGAAAUGCUGCUCAACAAUUUGAAGACAAGGAUGGCUGGUCAAAGGGUUGAGUUAGAUUUUGAACUACGUUUCAAGUAUAUUGUGCGAACAAGGGAAAAGAUAAGUAAGCCCUAGUGAGUCUUACUCAAAGUCUCUGAUGCUUGAGAAUCCUGGGUUUGAAAUUCUAAUUUUGUAACUAUUGUUAUUUAUAUAAAGGGACAAAAUCAAAAGCCUGAAUUUGCACAUUGCUGAUUAUAUCCUCAAAUGUGGAUCUAAAUGUGUCACCUAAAAUCUGCAGUAGUACACAAAUUCUGGUUUAAACCACAUUUUAAAGAUCCAGAAAAUACUUUAAAAUACUAAUAAAGUUUCAUAUUUAUAUUCCUGUCCAGUGAAUCCAGUGUAAUGAGGCCAGGUGUUCAGGUUUAAAAGUUAUUUUUCUGUCAGAGCCACAAGCCUUGCCCUUUAAGACUGAGUAAUCUCUUUGAAAUCUAGUUCUAGUUCAUAUGUACAUUUUUCAGCAGUCAGGUUCAUUCUCCAGUCAAUUGCUUAUUUUGUUGGUGGUGUAUGAGUAAGGAGUAGUUCACUUUCACCCCCAGUUACUAUAUCCUGCCGGUGGAGGAAAAGGAAGGAGAUGUGUUUGUGUCAGGAAAGGAAACAGCCAUGAGUCAGACAAACAGCUUGUAAUAGGUGAAAUUGAGAGUACGGAACUUACUGUCAUAUAAACACCUUUGUAUCUUCAUUUACUAGAAGUGUUAUUGUUGAAGUAGACUGAUUUUCAUACCAGUUGGUGAAAAUGGUGACAUUUGUGAAAGCAUGUACCACUACCAGUUCAGAUAUCAAUGAAAAUAGAACUGAACUCAGGGAGCGGUAGAUUGCUUGGGGCACUAACUUCCAGAGAGAGGAAAGUUUUAUUUUACUUACCAGUGAUCUAAAAUGUAUGCAAUAUGCAUCUAUGCUGUGUUACUUUUCAAACUUCCUUCCUUCAAGGGAUAUUCUACAUUGAUCUCUACAUGUUUCAAAAGAUUGAGGGCAUUAGGCAUGCACAUAAUGCUGGAUGCCGGCCAGGAUUCCUGCGGCCUCACUUUUGGCCCCUGGAAACUGAGAGCCUGCUCAGAACAUAAUCAGUGCACAUUCCCCUACAGUUGCACACUGCAAGGGAAGAUCUAUCGUCCGGGACAAGCUGUUUUUCAGGGAGGUUUAUCUGCCCAUUACUGAGCUUCUAAUUGACAGGCUGCUGGCAGGCUUCUAAGGAACCCUGGAGUUCCCCACAAUACAGGUUGGAACCCGUUGCAUCAGUGAGGGGAGAAAUGAGGCAUCUUCUGCAUUUCAGUCUGACCAUUUUUUUGUUAAGUGUUCUUUAUGCUAAGGGUAUUAUUCAACAGUAUUAUUUUUAUAUUAUUAUCCUAAGAGUACUAAAGAGUUUGGUAAACCUUUUAGACUUAGGAGCCCUCUUUAACUCCAUUGUACAACGUGGGGCCAGAGGACGAGAUGGUUGGACAGUGUUCUCGAAGCUACAAACAUGACUUUGACCAAACUGUGGGAGGCAGUGCAAGACAGGAGUGCCUGGCGUGCUAUGGUCCAUGGGGUCACGAAGAGUCGGACACGACUAAACGACUAAGCAACAACAACGUGGGGCCUGUUUUUAAUUUGUGACUAGAUUUGUCUGCCCAUUUUCUAUCCCUUAAUUUUGUCUUUUGCCUUCUCUCACUUUCACUUUUUCAUUAUUUACUCUUCCCUAACUCUUCAUCUCUCACUUUUUCCAUCUCUCAUUAACAAAAUGUAAAUACGGUAGUGCUGAUGGUGGUAAAGGUAAAGGUAAAGGGACCCCUGACCAUUAGGUCCAGUCGUGACCGACUCUGGGGUUGCGGCGCUCAUCUCGCAUUAUUGGCCGAGGGAGCCGGCGUAUAGCUUCCAGGUCAUGUGGCCAGCAUGACAAAGCCGCUUCUGGCGAACCAGAGCAGCACACGGAAACGCCGUUUACCUUCCCACUGUAGCGGUACCUAUUUAUCUACUUGCACUUUGACGUGCUUUCGAACUGCUAGGUUGGCAGGAGCUGGGACCAAGCAACGGGAGCUCACCCCGUCGCAGGGAUUCAAACCACUGACCUUCUGAUCGGCAAGCCCUGGGCUCUGUGGUUUAACCCACAGCGCCACCCGCAUCCCUGCUGAUGGUGGUAGUAUGACCCUUUAUGAAAUGGUUUUCUCUCAGGUGUUCCAAACUAUUCUUUCUUGCCAGUUGCAAUUCCCUAUUCCUCCCUAUCCAGUGCAUAGGACUGGGAAGCAUGGGAAAUAAAAAAUAAAAAAUAGGAAAUGAUGUUUUGGGGUAUACUUAUUUGUGUCCAAGCCUUAAGAAUAAAGUCUACAAGGCUUCUCUUGUCAUCAGUGAGCCCUCCCCACUACUACCGUAGUCGUCCCCUACUUGCAUGGGUGAGGUUGUCAGCAGGAAGGACUGGUAGUAAAAUUCCCAUGUCUUUAAAAAAAAGUCAUUGGAUAAAGCUUGGAAAGACCACAGCUUUUUUCUAAAAAUCCUCCCAGGGAGUUCAAAAAGCACAAUGAAAUCUGAACUAAUUGCAACAUUAACCCAUCAUACUAGUAACAGAGAAAUGGAUGUAAAUAGGAUUGUAUAAGAAGUUGCCAUUUCCAGGGUCUCUUUGAACCAGAGAAGAGUGCUGGCAAACAUCUGAAUGAAACAUCAGGAAUGAAAAUGGAUCAGGGAUCUUAGUAAUGCAAUGGUUAGAGCAUACAACUUAGAAUGAUUCAAGUCACUGAAUUCCGUUGUGUCUGCACAGUCACACCAAUUUAUGCAUUUCACUAGUCAAAACAGAUGUAAGAGGUACAGCAACUACCACCACAAAAUCAGAACGCAAUGCUUGCAGCCCCCCAAGGUGGAUUGUUACCACAGCAAGUUAUUUCCAUGCUUACCGUACAUUGUUCUGCAGGAACCCUCUUUUGCCUCAUAAGUAUCCUCCUGCAUGUUAUUAGGAGGUGUGGCUAAGGAAAAUGUCACUAAACUUUUGCCCUGGCAAAAACCACAGUCUAGAAUUUAUUCAAUCUAUAGGGCUUCCUUGCUCUCCUUUACAGUCUAGGAUUGCUUUCAAGGAAAUGUAUCUGGCAGAUGAAAUCAAGAUGUGCUUAAGUGGCUUGCUGGACCAGACCCAAGCACCAAAAUUUAAUUAAAUACCUAGUUUUACAAACUAAUCUAAUACAAAAAGGAAUGUUUGCAUGAUUUCUCUUUUGUUUGGAGGUGAACUGAGUUUUGUAAAUCUUUUCUUUUUUGUGUUGAAAUGUGCGUGUUUGAUAAAGGAGAACCUUUUGUUGAAUGGCUAAGCAGGUUGUACAAAAGCUGAAAGUGUUUCUCUGCUUCUCAUCCAAGUCCUGGACAGUAAUCGCUACUCAGAAAGAGCUCUGUAAAAGCCCCCCAAGGCUGGUUUUCUUUUUUUCUUGUGUGUGUGUGGGGGGGGAUUCAGAGAACUAAGUAGACUCAGCUAGCCCACAAGGGAAACUCAUGAACCUUGGGAGCAAGGAAACUAUGCAGUCCUUGCUGUCUGAAUAAGCUUAGGAAAGCUCUCUAACCAAACUGAGCUCAGUGGCGCUGUCAGGGCAGCACUUCGGGAAAAACACCCAGAGUUCCAUGCAACAAAAGGAGUCCCAAAUACAGCAGUUAGCUUACCACAUUUUGAAGUAAUUGAAAUAAUACACAUUUCCAGUCUAGGGAGAGAGGCCCUCUUAAGUCCAUUAAGUUCCAAGUCUAGAAUUACCUAACUGCACCAUUGACUGAGCUAAAGCUUAGGUAGUGUCUGUUACAUAUACAGUGUAUUCCAGCUUUUCCACAUAUAGGAUUACACAUUGCUGAAAGCUGUGCUUCAUGUACUGUAUUUGUUUACUCUGCCCUAGUUUAUCCUGCACUGAUUUUAAAAGCUGAGGAUGUGCUUUUGACUAUAGAUACUGGUAUAUACACACACACUACAAAGCACUGUACCCACUCAUUUUAAAAUUUACUGGCAAGGGGGCAUGGUGAUGGUAACAACAGCAGAAAGUGGGAAGAGGGCAUUUUCCUCCUUCCUCCCCUCCUCUUGUUUGUCAGGCAUCAGGACAAAGAGCCCUGAUAAGGUUCAAGCCAUGGGUUGCUCUUUAAGUCCCAGUGUCUGACAUAAAGGGAGAAGGAGAAGAAGGGGGAAAGGUCCCUGCUAGGGAAUAGGAGAUAAAUUUGAUUUUGUUUGCAUUUUUAUGAAAAGCUACCUGAUUCACAGUUAUUGAACCAGCACAUGAACCAAAACACAGUUGUGCUAUAUAUAAAAAAAUCCUAGUUCUCUGAAUUUUGCAAUGCACGUCUAAAACCAAACAGUGUGUAGGGUGUGUAGUAGUGCAAACAACAUUAAAAAAAUACUUGAGGGAAUUGCUUGCAAUACAGUGGUACCUCAUGUUGCGAACAGGAUCCGUUCUGGCAGCCCAUUCGCAACAUGAAAAGCUUGCAACAUGAAGCGCUGCAUCUGCGCACGCGGGUGACAAAAUGCGGCGUUUCUGCACAUGCACAAAGCGUGAUUUAGCGCUUCCGCGCAUGUGCGCCGGUUACGGACGCGCUGAACCCAGAAGUAACCCGUUCCGGGACUCCUGGGUUUGGCGUGUCCGUAACCUGAAAAGACGCAACAUUGAAGCGGACGUAUCAUGAGAUAUAACUGUAAUGUGUCUUAGUCAAAGCUGCUUGCAAAAAAGUUGCACUAAAAUGCUUACAAAUUUCCGUGAGGAUUUUUCUUUUUUUAAAAAAAAUACAGAUUGCAGAAAUGAAUUUAGGAUUUGAUAAUUGAGAAGAACCAAAAUUUACAAUUUUGUCCAACAAAACUUAGCACUGCUAAUCAUUGUUAUUCUGCGCUAGUAAGUAAAUGAAAGAUGGGAAAGUUGCAGGAAGUAGAGCCAGACCCUGUGACAGGUAGAGGCAGCUAAUUCUAAGUUUGCUCCCAUCCAUUUCACGGCUAAGUUUGACAAGGACAGCACUGAGGAAGAAGCUGACAGUGCCACCCUUUGGACAGGUUGUAAUUAAGAAAUCAGACAAGUUGGGGCUGGCUGAGGGAAGACUGAGCUUGGUGGGACAGUGCCCCACUUGCUCUGAUGAACCCUCACCCAGCUGCAUAUUUUCUUUCCCUUUGGAAUAGCUCUUCGAGUCAGUUCAGCCUACGGCUUUUGCAGUCUUCCUUCUAAUGUCCAGAUGAUGGACAAAAAAACUAGAUGCAAUUUCAAGGGAUCCUCAAAAGCACACCUAAAAACUAGAUGCGUGUUUGACAAUAACCAAAGUGAAAAUGAAACUAAAAGGGCUGUUUGGUUCACUGUCACUUUUCUUUUUUCCAUUUAAAAAUAUGUUUGCAAACACCUUGAACCACUGUAAACUAGCCCCAUCUGGACCAUUAAAGUUGAAGCGAAAAAGAACAAUCAUAGUUGUUAUACUUCACCAAGCUAAGCGAGAACAAAAAGUAGAUUAAACACACAGAAGGCUUAAAAGCUCUUUUUGUACAGGGCUUUUCCAUCUGAGAUCUCACGAGAGCCUCCCAGGGCCUGGUAAACAGACUUGAGAGCUUUUAAACCAGGCAUCCCCAAACUUCGCCCCCCCCCAGAUGUUUUGGACUACAAUUCCCAUCAUCCCUGACCACUGGUCCUCUUAGCUAGGGAUCAUGGGAGUUGUAGGCCAAAACAUCUGGAGGGCCGCAGUUUGGGGGUGCCUGUUUUAAACUCUCGGCCUCCCAUGUGCUUAAUUUGUGCAAUUUCAGCCUUCCAGCCGGCCAUCAAGCAUGUAAAGUUGAAAUUGUGCAACUUACAUGUGUUUAAGUUACAAGUUGUCUGUAUUGCACAAAACAUAUGAUUCACAAAACAUUAUAUGUCAGUGUGCAAUUGAAAUCUUCAAUAGUGGACUUCGAAAUCAUUGGUGCCGAGUUGUUUUUUUAUAUUGUUGAAAUGUAGGAAUUGAUCUUUGCUUUGCAAAUUCAGCCCCAAAGCAUGACUCAUGUGCCCUUCAGGGUUUUCAGAACUAAACUGUCCCCACAACCAUAACCAGAGAGAAGCUUUCCCUUGUUGUUCUCUUAAUAAUUAUGCUGUACUCAUAUGUUUUUCGUAAAGCACUGGAGCAAAUGCUGCCAUAACUUGUUUCCAAGAGGCUUUUACACACCGUCCUUGAAGGUCCUGUAUUGAUGUGAGCUUAUGUUUUGUGUCAGUAAAACCUCCUGGGGAUGGAAACAUAAAACAGCAUGAUUUAGGUAUUUGUUAGACCUGCUUGCCUCCAUGAGCAAUUUGCUGGUUGUGGCACAGAAGAUACUAGGGUUUUUAAUGCUUUUUUACUAGAUGGCUCUAUGGUGAAAUUAAUUUUAAUUGCAAACGCCAUGCCAUGCUCAAUGUGAGGUUGUUUUGAACACAUUCAGAAACACAAAAUCUGAUAGAGUAACCUGGAAAUGAUCCUAUGUCAGAGGUUGCCAAACUGUUUUUAGCAAGUGGACACAUUUAGAAUUUUGAGAACGUGACAUGGGUGCCAGUCACAAAAUGGCUGCCACAUCUGAAAGAGCAGAGAAAAGAAACAGGACACCAAAGGAUGCAGACAUGUCCCCGCGUCAGGUGCCCCAUCAAUGGAAAAAAUGGUCUGUUGCGCUAGCUCACAGAGAGAAGCUCUUUGUAGCUCUCCUCUGUGCAGAACAGAAGAAAGGGUGGGAACAGAAGAAAGGGUGGGUGACCUUGUGCACGGCAGAUUUCUGAGGGGAUAUUCAAGACUUUCUGUGGAUGCCAUAGGAGGUACUGGCAGGCAUACUGGCACCCACAGGCAGACCAGGGAACUGUGUUCUAAUAUAGCAUCAGAAAAUGGUGACUGCCAAACAGAAUUCUUGCCACAUCUACAAAGCUGACAGCGUUGGUGAAACCAGCAAAGAAAGAUGAGCAGUUUUAUUGCCCCUUUUGGCCUUCCUGAAGAAGGCCCUGCAUUCUCCAUCCCUGCAAGGUGAGCUGGCUGCUGCCUUUGUAUUUUUUUCUUUAAUUAUGCCAUCAUCCUGCAGUUACUCUCUAGUUUGUAAGGUUCGGGGGGUGUCUCACAGCUAUGGGAUUUCAAAAUAAGAAUAGGGCUGUGUGAGAAAGAUUAAGCUCAUUAGCUCCUUAUCUAUUAUGGUUCAAUGUCUGUAGGUGGCAUCAGGUCUAUCUAUCUAUCUAUCUAUCUAUCUAUCUAUCUAUCUAUUUGGAGCAUUUGUACCCUGCUCUUCAGCCAAGUAGGUUACCAGUGGGGCUUGCAUGCAGUCAAUAAAAGCAAGACAGUCUCUGCCUGCAGGCUUACAAUCUUAAAAAAAACACAACACACAAGGGGAAAGGGACAAGGAGGGAAGAGGAAAGAAAUUUCCAGUAAACUCAGCUACUAAUCCUUAAACAUUUGUUCUCAUAAUGAACAGUUCUUAUAAUUUCUGAACACAAUUCAAAGUGUUGGUGCUGUUUUGCUCCCUGGCUUUUAACAUCUGGUCUCUCCACCCCUGCCUUCCCCCGGUAAUUAUUAUUUUUUAGCAUUUAUUUUCACUUUGUGUUUAUUAGACAUUGUAAACUACCCUGGAAAUUUUGAUUCAAGGUAUAAAUAUACGUUACAUAAAUAAAGGUACAUUUAGUCGCUAGUGCCUCUAAAAUCUACAAGUGCUAAAAAAACAAUCACAGCAAUAAGAAUCUAUAGAUCUGUAGCUUUUCCCUGUCUAGUUUCCUCCAGAUGUGGCUAAACUACAACUCCCAUUAUCCCUCAACAUAGUCCAUGCUGACUGCAGCUGAUGGGAAUUGUAUUCUAAAACGUCUGGAGGGCACCAGAUUGGACAUGGCUGCUAUAGAUGAUCAGUAUCAUGUCUGAUUGUUUCAUUUAUAAAUUUGUACUUUGGUAGUGGCCCCGUCACUAUGGAACUCCCUCCUAAGGGAUGUGAGUUUCACCCCCUCUUUGAUUGUGUUCAAAAGGGCCUUAAAACCUGCUGUUCCAAACAGAUUUUAAUUGAAUUCGCUUGCUGCUCUAUCAUUUUUAUUUCUGCUUUUAUCUAUGGUAUUUUGGUUGGAUGGUUUAAAGUUGUUUAUAUAAUCUUAACUGUAAAUGGCCCUGAGGGUUCUUCCAGUGCUGAAAGGCAGAAUAAAAAUACCUAAAUAAAUAAAUAUACAGAAACUAAUCAGGCCCGGUACAGACCAUCUACAAUUAAAACUGAGUGAACAAAUAAGAUUAAAAACAUUAGUGAAAUUGUCUGCUGUUGAAAUGCAACUUCGGUUAAUUCAGCAGAAAGUUUUACUGAGAAUUUGUUCGUCCCUGAGUAAGUUUCUUGAGGUUGAGGUUGACUACAAAUGAUCUCUGUUGGAAGUGUGACAAGCCACAGGCUAAUUUAUCCCAUAUGUUCUGGCACUGCCCUGUCAUCUCACCAGUCUGGAAAGUAGUGGGAGAUUGCAUAAACAUUACCUUAUCCGCAGGAUCUAACGCUUACCUUAAAUCGUUUAAUAUUUGGAUACAUAUCAGCCAUCUGGACACUCCCAAAAAAAUAUAGUGAAUGGAUUGCUAGGUUAGUGGUUGUGAGAAUAAUCCUCCCAACACUGAAAUGAAAUGAAAACUCUCCAAUAUUGAGCAGUGGUUGGAAGAAGUCUUUGUUAUUGCUAGAAAAUUAAAUUAAAUAUUUUAUAAAAUAUUAAAUUCACCUGAUGUUCAAUUUUAAAAGUUACAAGUUUCUGGAGAAUUGUGAAAAUGAGCUAAAAUAAAAGUGAGAAUUGAUCAUCUUUUCCCCUCAUUUCUUAUUCUUCUUCCCCCUGCCCCUGCUUUUCUUCUUUGGUCUCUCUCUCUCUCUGUCUCUUUUGUACUUCAUAUCAGUUGGAUAGGAUUCAAAGGACUAGGAAGCUGGAAUGGUAACCUAAAGAGGAGCAGUUGUAAAUCUGUUAUUUCCAGAUUUUUUUUUUUAAAGUUUAAGGAAUAAUAGUGACUGCUUGAUUUGGAAACCUAGGUUAAUACCAUCUGUCUCAAAGCUUGUAGAGUAAACUGGCAACUUAAGCACAUUUAACUUGUGCAUAUUCAGCAUCAUACGCUUGGGGGGGGGGCUUUUAUUUAUUUAUUUUUUAAAAAGAGAUGGGCAUCCAGGAAGAAAGACUAAUCCCACCUGCCAUUGCAUGCAAUGUGUUUUGGCUAUACACGAUUUUGGCCUUAGGCGUGAUCUCACUGUGGGUUUACUGUAAUUGAUUAAAAAGGUAAAGGUACCCCUGACCGUGAGAUCCAGUCGCGGAUGACUCUCUGUAAAUGGCCAUGUUUUCUGGAGCAUGUUCCACACCACCCAUGGUUAUAAUAAUCAGCUCUGUUGAACUCAGUAUUAUUUUGAUUGACCAGCUUCAUUGGACAUCCCUGCUUAUGACAGCUUUCUCUUCUUAACAAAAUGGAAUGAAAUGAUGAGGAUACUGUAACCUACAGCUCCCUAUAACCUUACCAUCUGUUCAAGAGGGAAAUAGAACCACACUUUGGAAUGCUAACUUUAAGUUUCCUUAGAUAUACUUGAACUGCCAUAGAGUGGAAAGCCAUCUAUAAGUAGCAACAACGGUGAACUUCAGAGUUACAACAACUUACUAUUCUCUCUAAAUUGCUAAGAACUCCUACCUACCGUAUAUUCCGGCGUAUAAGGCGACUGGGCGUAUAAGACGACCCCCCUAAUUUUCAAGUUAAAAUAUAGAGUUUGGGAUAUAAUCGCCAGGGAGGGGAGGCUGUCUUCUCCAGCACUCAAGUCUGCAGCAAGGGAAAUGGUGGAUUUUGGGGUUUUGGCCUGUUUAUAUUUAAGUGAUAUUAUACCAGAAUUCAUUUAGUGUCCCAAAGGGCAAUAGAUGCUGUCUGUCACUACUGGGAGUAGCUAGAAGGAAGAUGCAUUGGAUCGUAGAUAAGGAGACAGUGGAAAUAGAACAGUAUUUUUCUAUUCAAUCCCAGGCAU